AGAUCAGGAAAACUUACAAAGAGCCGCAAACUCGAAAACUUCCAAGCACUAGUGACCAACAACUUUUGACUAGUGUUUUUAUAAAUCGCAAUAAAUAUAUCGCUAUUUUAUCCCUCCCACGACUCAACUGCUAACUUUGCUAGCAUUUGAUCUCUUCUGUGCUCUGACCUCGAAUCACAUUUUUAUCUCGUUCAACUAAGCAGUAUUCAACUGAGUUCUUUGUUAUUGUUUUGACCUCAAAUCGCAUCUUUAUCCCGCUCAACUAAUUUUCCGCGCCUAUAAUCAAUCUCCAAACGGUAACGGUAAUAUUUGCAGCACCUCGACCUCCCAAGAAAAUAAAGAUUUAUCGAAAUAUAGGUCACCGGCUCGUCGACUCUCAGACUGAAGCUUCUUCUUUUCUUGAUCGACUUGCUCGAAGAUCAUACUUUAUUGAAAUUGACUACAGCGAAGACAAGCUAUUUGCAAAAAACGCAUUUAUGAUGAUGACCGUCUUCAAGCGUUUUUUUGCGGCACAGUGCGUUCUGUCUGCUAGCCUGCUUUCCUGCGUGAACGCAAUCCCCGUGUGUGAGCCAGCUCCUGGCUGCCAAGAGUUGAAAAAAGAGCUUUGCGGCCUGAUCAGCGACAAAGCGAUCAGUGCUGCGGCAAGCACGAUUCCGUACCAUCCCGAAGUGCUCAGCCGGGCUCGGAAGCUUUCCUUCCGUGUACUAAAGAUCUUCGAAGGUUACGACGUGGAGAAAUUGGAGGAAGUGAAACAUCCGGCGGAUGCCAACCGUGCGCUGAUGCGCAAGCUGAUCCAGGAGUCUGUGGACAAAGUAGAUGCCAACGGAAAAGGGACAAGUGCCUACUCGCUGUACAAAGACAAAUGUAAGAAUGAUGCGUACAUGCGUCCUGAGGUCCCCUUGCGGGUGGAACGUUUCGAAAAGUUCGAAGAAGCGGCAAACCUGCACGAGUGGAAAGCUAACGUACCGAGCUUUCUCGGGUUCGGUUCACGCCGUGCGCAUCAAAUAAGUCUGGGUAAGUGGGCUGCCUUGAUGAAACUGCGGCGCUUUCGCGAUGAGCAGAUCAAGUGUGACACCUCCGAGCGGUACGACGAGCAGGCGUUGAAAAAUACAAUUGGAUGGUUUGCUGCGGAUAGGCGCAAGUUUCUGGAAAAACAGCAACAUUCUGAAAAGGAACAGAACGAGAAAGAGUUUGAAUUUUUUGGCGAGAGCAGCUCGACUCCAACCGGGCCUCUGCUACUUUGGGAAAAAUCUAAGUAA